AUGAACAAUUACGGAUCAGUGGUGGAGGAUUCGAAGACGCAGCUGAAUGAAGCACACGUGGUUCACACCACCCGUGUUGCUCGCGCCGUGAAGCAUUUCUUGCAACUCGAAAUCCGAGAUGGGGUCACGAAAAUGGCGCACAGCAGAGAAGUAGGCGAGGUGUCCGAGGUCGACCCGACGACAGUGCGGCGGUGGGUGAAGGAGUUUUGCAACGGCGGCUCCUUCGUUGUUCGCAAACGGCAGUACAACAAGCGGGAGGCGCACUCCUACAUCGACGACGAGGACGUCCGCUACCGCCUGAGGGAGUACAUCGACCGGAGGCUGUACCGGCGGAAGAAGAACGAGCCACGCCUUCGAAUCGCAGACGUGCAAAAGUGGAUCCAUGAAGAUCUACUGAAGGAGGAGCUUGCCGGUACGAGAGGAGUUUCUUGGAGGACCGUGCAUAAGUGGAUGCAGAAGCUCGGCUUUCGUUGGUCGAGGCACCACAAGUGCGUUUACGUGGAUGGCCACAACAGACCGGACGUCGUCACCGACCGUCGGAGCUUUGUGGCGUUGCUAAAGCGCCUGCGCCAGAAGAUGUCUAUCCCUCUCCGCGUGGAAGAAACGGUGAUGACGGCGACCAGCCGCGGUGAAGCCCGGCAGGAGGGAGCAUCGGAUGACUCGGACGUCAGCGGCGACGAGCGGGGCGGCGGGGCCAGGUCGGAGACGGGCGAUAACGAGCAUCCGACCGGGGCGGCGACGACGGGCCGGGAACCCCUCUUUUGGCCAGCAGUGCGGACGGUCGACGGCAACAAGGAGUACACGCACGUGCGCGUCUACGGGGAUGGCGAGACGACCAAGCGCGUGGAAGGUGACUGCACGCGUGUUCCGUUCGACCCGCGCGACUUGGCGGCACCCGACUCCAAGGGCGACUAUCACCUGCUCCCUGAUGACGAGGUGAAGGCGUUCUACCGACCGAAGAAGGUUAAGCGUGAGGCGCUUUUCUGGCCAGCAGUGCGGACGGUCAACGGCGAGGAGGACUACACGCACGUGCGCGUCCACGACCCCCCGCACGCUCGCGGCAGGGAUUGCGUACGUGCGCAACAGCUCGAGGAUUGUCCGUGCGAGCAGAGAUCGCUCUACGGCAAGUGUUCGUGCUACCUCCGAUGCGAGUGCUACGACUGCAGCCGCGAGCCUGUUUUCGACUCCACGCAGGUCCCGUUCGAUCAGCGCGACCUCAUCGCCACCGACGGCAAGGGAGACUACCGCCUGCUGCCCGAUCACGAAGUGUUGUCGCUGCUUUUCCACGAUGAGACCACGACGAAGGAAAACGACGAUGGGGACCACCAAUGGAUUUCGGCGACGAAGGGGGCCGCCAUGAAAGUCAAGGGGCAGGGCCGCGCCGCGCACGUCUCGGAUGUGAUCGGCGUCGACCUUGGACAGCUGCAGAUCAGCGAGCAAGCGUGGGGCAUGAUGCAGGAGGACUACGAUGUCCUUGAGGGGGGCGAACGCCCCACUAGGGGGCGCUCUGGAAAGUACCUCGGCAGGACGGAGGGUGAGGGGGCAACUGGACACAAGGUGAAGGAGGUUCAAGAGGCGGUGGAUCUGCUCAACAAGACUGCUGCAGACUGCGAGGUGCUCAAGACAGCGAACGACCCACGGACGGCUGUUGUCAUCAUGACAGUUGGGAAGCAGCAAGAUGGCUACUGGACGAGUGACCGCAUGUGCGCCCAACUGCCGGCGGCUCUCGCCACGUUCGAGCUGACGAAUGGGCCGCACCGGCAGGGUGUCUUCAUCUUCGACAACUCCACCGGGCACAACGCUUACGAUGACGACGCGUUGCUGGCCCACAAGAUCAGCUUGGCGCCGGGUGGGGAGAAGACUGCGCUCAGGGUGUUCGAAGAUGACAACGGGAGGAUGGUGCACCCUACAUUCCAGGAUGGUGACACCCUGCUCACCGACAAGAAGAUUUUCUUGCCGAAGACACCGGAGCAAAAGAAGAUCAAGGGGCGCAAGCAUGGGACGGGGCUCGAUAAAAAGCAGUACCCUGUCGGAACCAAAGUCACGCAUGGAUCGCCGCUGCUUGGGCUCAGCAAAGGAGGUGAGCAGAUGCUCAAGGAGAUGGGGUUGUGGCGGCUUGACGGCGAGAGGGCGAAGGGUCUCGUCAAGUGUUGCAACAAGUGCAAGGCCGAGAACGCGGCAUCACGGCAGGCGAUUGCAGCUUUCAACAAAGGAGGGGAGGAGCGGGAGAGAGUUCUAGAGCAAGCGCGGAGGGAGCAGCAGAAUUCUCCCGCCGGAGAUCCCGCGGCAGCGGGAGGGGCGGCUGGAAGGAGGCAGCGAUGCUGUAUGGAGAGGGUCUUCUCUGACCUGAGGGCUUUCAAGGCGCAGCUCAACAAGGUCGAACAGAUCUUCAAGAAGGCCGGGCACGUGUGCAUUUUCCUUCCCAAGUACCACCCUGAGCUUAACGCUAUUGAGCUGUACUGGGGAUACGUCAAGCACUAUCUUCGUCUUCACUGCGAGGUCGUGUGGCUGUACGUUGAAGCGUACGACGAGGGGAUGGUGGACUACCUCAAGGACCGCGAACUCAAGGAGUGGAACACGCACCGAGAAGCCACCCAGAGAGGGGAUGCCGUCGUGGAGGCAACGGGAGGGCGCAAAACACAAGCGGAAAAGGACGCCGCGGCGGCGCAGGCGUUGGCGGCUUCGCAGGAAUGCCGAACCUUCUCCGUCAGGAGGGCGAAAAGGACAUUCAAGAAGUGGAAGCAGGAAAAGGAGAAGAAGCGGGCCAUGGAGCAGGAGGGAGAGGAAAAAGAGGCCGAGAACGAUGCGUAG